AUGGCUCAGAUACUUCCGAUACGAUUUCAGGAACAUCUGCAGGUAAGAAGAGGCUAACAGUCGAAAAACAUAAGAUGCAUUUUCGCGCAGUUCUUCAGAAAUAGACAUACCGCAUUUAAAUGGAAUCUGACAGUUCUGCAUGGAGAGUGCUCAAUAUAGACAUAGGCCUAGCUAGCUUGUGCGGGGCAGAUGAUGACUUGUAAAAAUUCAACAGUCAGAUCGUAUUGGUAGCCUAUAGUCUGCUUUCUGCGGACCCGAAGCCGGUGACUGGACUACACAAUGAACUCUUGUUGGAAUUGAGUGAUUUACGAUAAAGGCAUGCAGUUAUUUAAACUAUGGCUCAACUGUGUUUGGAUGUGGCUAGAUUAGAUGGUGUCAUAUUUUUUAAUUAGUAGGCCAUGUUGUAGAACCCCUCAAUUAUCCAUCGGUUUCUUGGGGCCAAAGAGAAAGUUUGUGACGUGCCCACAUCCCAUCCCUCCCGUGGCUCGUUGCUGUGGCAACAUCAGGACUGUGAAAUGGCCUUUCACUAAAGACCUCUUUCUCUCUGGACACUCUGGUCUACUACCCACUCGUUCUAAUGCAGCCAACAGGGCCCACCAACAUUCACCAGUUCCAUUUUAAAAUGUGGAGCCCCUUUACACGAGGUGUUGGCAAAACAGCACAAACAGAUCUGGGAACAGGCUAGAGAUCUGAACCUUUAUAGCACAGGUGGCAAGCCCUACUCUGGUCGUUCCCCCUCCAUUGCUACAAAUGCAUAUAUUGAAAGGCAACACAACAUUAUUUGAGCAAGAUUUGACCAGACAUAUCGAUUAAUUGAUAGUGUAUCCCUUUAUUUUUUAUUCCAUGUAUGAUUUUUUGCAGACCUGCUCUGCUUGGUAGGCCUCUGUGAUCAGGAAUGGCUCCAGCUGAGAGGAAAAAUGCCAGGAAUGUGCAAACUGAGGACUUUGGGCCUCAAGUUCUUUUGCUUUUUUUUAUCCUAUCUUGGUAUUUACAGCCUCUAUGCAUUAAACAGUAUAGUCUGGGUGGGUUUAGGUCUGGGUUGACAUACACUGCCCUGUAGACACAGAUGUGACUGGCUUUGUUGUUUUAGCUCUGUGUAGAACUACUGCUACACCACUGGACUCUGUGUACAACUACUACUAGACUGCUGGACUAAUCCCAAUUGUAUAAGUUUAGCCAUAAACAGAGCACCCCCAAUAUACAUACACACACACACACACACACACACAGUAAAAUAGCAUUGCCAGUGUCGCAUUGUGUGGUCUUAAACAUGUCAUUAACACUAAGCUGUGUUUAGCGUAAUACUCCUUUUUCCCAGGCUUGACUGACUGACCCUAAUCUAGGCUGUGUGUGGUGUGAGAGAAAGUUUGUGUGGAGACUUAUUUAAUUGAGUAAAUGGAUCAGUGAUCUGUGCCCUUUGGUAUUUCAUUUACAGUGCAGUACAUUGUGUGUAUUAGCAGAUUAAUGAUUUCUUUUGGGGUUCUGUCUGGGACAAAUUAGGUUCUGCAUUAUGUAGGCCAGAUGUUGCUGAAAGCACCCACCCUUCGCUUUAGCACAGUGGGCUAAUGGAGUCAUGAGUAUCACAGAAGUCCCGAGUUCAAUACCCUGACAUUUAGCCUCAGCCUGAGACUGCCCUAGUGAGAGGGAGAGACCUGUGAGGUAUGUAGCCAGUCAUAAACAGAUUGGCCAUAGGGGCACUUAGAGCAAAUGCCAGAUGGGCUGGUCCAUCUUUAGCCCAGUGGGCCUGUUUUUUUUUGUUCAUAAAUAAUUACCAUUAUUUGGCAAAAAAUAGGCCGGUGUGUUAGAAAUGCCUGGGUUGAUUUCUGGUUCCAGUCUGUCUCUGUUGCCUGUCCAUCAGCUGUUUGCCUGUCAGCUCCCUGCUUUGGGAUAUUACUCUCCAGUACUAACAGAUGAGCAGCUCCCUGCUCUGGGCUGUUGCUGUUGUCUCCACUAAUAGACAGAUGAGGUAAGCAGGCCCAUUUAACCCAGAAAAUCACAUCAGGGCAGGAACGGGAAGUGAGAUCAUGAUCAUCAGGCACAGCAGAGCACCUCUGACAGCACAACUGUUGGCUGGAACAGUUCUGUCUGCACCGGAACUAAUGGCUGGUGUCCAGCCAGUCAGUCAGUCAUAUUACUGCUUACUACCCUGCACAACACAUUGGUAUGGACAAAGCCUAAGUAAUGAAACUCUAAAAAUAACACACACACACCACAGUCUCUCUCAGCUGAAACAGUUAUGGUCCCGUGUAGCUCAGUUGGUAGAGCAUGGCGUUUGCAACGCCAGGGUUUUGGGUUCGAUUCCCACGGGGGGCCAGUAUGAAAAAAAAUAUAUAUAUAUAUGUAUGCACUCACUAACUGUAAGUCGCUCUGGAUAAGAGCGUCUGCUAAAUGACUAAAAUGUUAAAUGUAACUGGAAGGAGCUGUCCUAAAACUAUAGUCUAUUGUUAGCCUUUUUUUUUUUAGCAACAUUGGUGAUACUGAAGAUGGCAGGCUAACAUGCCAUUAAACUGACAGCUCAGGGAUUUUUGAAAGACAAUCCCUACUUUUUUCUCAAAUAUUUUUCUCAAUAUGAAAAACAUAAAAAAAAAAUAUUUUGUAAGAUCAAAGUAUCAGCUAUCACACCAUGUAAAGGAACAACCUAACUUUAAUUUCUUCAUAAAAUGCAAUGAACUGAAUUUAAGCCUAUGUCAACUCUGUCAGACACCAUUAAAGGCAUUUAAUUUUUCUCAUUUAUUUUCCAAGUGUUUAAAGGCCUUGAUUGUUUAAUUCUAACAUUAGAAUAUUAAAAUAUGGCAUAUAAAUCUCCAAACUUAUUUUAUUAUUAUUUUAUAGCGCUAUAUAAUGCUCCAGGGCUAAUUUUGUUUGCUUUUUGGCAUGUUUUUCUAGAUUCAGCACAUAAAACAACAUUUUAUAAAGCAAACAUUAUCCCUUAGAUCUAGCACAGCAAACACGUUGUUUAAGUGUAUGUUGCAGAACAGUGAUAAAACAUUUCCCCCAAAAAAUAUUGACCGAAAAAUUAACAAAACUCAAAAGAUGCAUAUUUUUGCCUCUGAAAAUAAAACUUUAACACAAACAUUUGUAAAAUAUAGAAUAUUAUUCAUUUGAAAAUCCUCCCCAAAAAUAUAACAAUUCUAUCAGCUCUUUCAGCACCCUGACGGAGUUGACAUUAGACAAAAAUCUGACGGAGUUCACGUUUUACGUAGUUGACCCAAAAAACAUUUUUCUUAAUUCCAGUGGUAUACAAAGUAGAAAUGUUUUAUUUCCUCAGCUGCUUUAUGACUCUAAAACUAAAUAAAAUAAACAUAUUUGAACCAAAAUUCAUAUCCUAUCAUGGAGUUGACAGUUUAUGGUUGUCCCCAUGGUGAUUUCAAUAUUGUUUGUUUAAAUCUAUCGAAGGUAGGUAACUUUACAGACCAUGAGUGGUCUUGUUGCACUACAUGUUAUGAGGACAUGAAGAAGGGGUCCUUAUGAUGUAGCACACCCUGCUCAUUCCUGAUUACAUAAUGAUGUUUGUUUCCAACAUUAGGGCUGUUUCCAAAAUAAGUUAAACACUUAGUGUUUUGUUUCCUUGCCACGAUACUAAUGAGUAUCAAGAUACUGGUAUCGUCCCGGCCCUACUAGAUCAGAUCAUUUUUCAGUUCAUAUUCAUUAUUGCCGUUUUUAGAAAAUGUUAAACCAGAGGAACGCAGAGAACACAUCUGAGCUGUGUUACUAGCUAACACAAUACACGCAGGACUAGAGUACAUACACAUUUAGGCAGGCCUGCUGCCUAAGAGGCAUCAUUUAGACAGGCAUCCUAAUUCUGAUCUUUUUUUCCACUAAUUGGUCUUUUGACCAAUCAGAUCUUUUCACAUCAGGUCAUUUUCAGAGCUGAUCUGAUUGGUCAAAAGACCAAUUAGUAAAAACAAAAUCAGAAUUGGGCUGCCUGUUUAAAUGCAGCCAGAGAGGAAAUGGGCUAAACAAACACAAUGAUGGAUCACACUCAUAACCAUGGUCAGCAUCGAAUGUGAAAUUGUAACACAAAUGUCAAUGGAGGAGUGGUGUGUGUGUGUGCAUGCACUGGGCUGUGGAAACUGUGUCAAUGUGUGCACACAAACUGGGUUCUGAAGACACUGGGUUGUGGUUGCGAGUGAUUUAGUCUGGAAUGUUCUAUAAAGGAGGGCCGGGGGGGGGGGGGGGAUGCUUCCGGUGACUCAGCCACCCCUCCCCAGGCCUUUCACAAGCACUGUAUUACAGGAACUCCUCUCUCUCCAGACAUGGUAUGUCCUCCCUCCCCUAUUGCCUUAGCUUACUCACCUUCCCCCCAUCUUACUCCAUCUUUCUCCCUCUUCCUCAUUCUGGGCUAAGUUACAAAUGAUACUCCAAUUCCCUCUAGUGCACUACUUUUAGGGAAUAGGGUACCAUAGGACUCCCGUCCUAUGCCUGUACUGCCUGCCCAGCUGGCAGCUACUCCCCUGGUCCCUCUUCCCCUAACAUUACCUCCUUCCUUUACUUCUUCUCCUUCACCCCCCUCUAUCCUCCGAGAUUUCUGGCAGCCAGUGGAGAUAUCUCUUCUUUAGCCUCUCCUGUCUCAUGUUAUUGGCUGAUUGGUGCUCCACCCGGCCCUAACCCUUGACCACCUCACAGUGCUGGCAUAGGCCUAGAGGAGACCUAUAGACACUGGAGUCAGUUCAGUGUUUUCCACUAUAAUGGUUAAGGUUAGGAUAUGGGGAGGGCAAACUGAUCCUAGAACACACUAGAGAUCAGGGCACAUUCUAGACCUACCCCGGGAAGCCCCCUCUGAAUCUCUGAAUUCACUAGCAGAGGCCUGACCUGAAUCAGCCAGUGUUUAUGGUUACACUGCACAUUUAUUUUAGUCUGCUGUUUACAUUGUAUUUACUUAGAAAUAACAUAAUUGCAUGGUAAUUAAAUAAUAAUUACAUGGUAAUUACGGUUUGGCAUCUCUGAGAUUCUCUCAAGCACUACUAUGUAGAGUUUGGUAUUUGGGAGUGUUGGAUUAUUCAAAUGAAAUAAGCAGCAGAAAGUACUGUUACUGUAUGUUAUGGUAUAAUGCCUCAGUAAAAGCUAGAUGAAUAGCAGCUGUCACAGCAAAUAAAGCUUUCCAGAGUCAGCCUAAUAUCCUGUUGUCUGCCUGCCCUAUGCUAUGCCCACGCUGUUUCCCAGGCCUGACUGUUCUGGUGCCACAACCACCUAACCUUCUCCUUGUAAAACAACCUUUAAGAAUAUCAUCCUGGAAAAUUGGACCAGAACGGGAGUUAUUUUAAUAGAGUGAACGUUUAGAGAAUUGUUUUCCCCAACCCAAGGCAAAUGUUAGCAACUGGCAACUUUAGUUUUUUUCCUAUCCUUUUUUAUAUAUUUUUCAUCGGGGUACGACUCCAGAAAAUAUCUUACUGCCUGUAGGUGUUCUCAUCAGUUGUAGACUCAUAUCUUUUUCAUUGUGCCACUGACUGCACUGUCCAAUUCCAAAUGACCCCUAGUUUGUACUGUAGCCCAUACCCCUAAGCACUGGUGUAGUCCUAAAGGAUUGGUUAGAUAUGAGCAAUAAUGGCACACAUUUCAACUAGCCCAAAAGUGGUGAAAUACCCACGUUGCUAAUUUCUAUCCAAUCCAUUGAGAUGUACUACACGUGUCUAGGGUCAGGGUUUAUGGCUUGACUACAGCAGUUGCCUCUGAAAUACUAAACCGAGAUCUAACAGCUGUGUGUGUUUCAGCUGCAGAACCUGGGGGUGAACCCGGCCAACAUCGGGUUCAGCUACCUGACCAUGGAGUCUGACAAGUUCAUCUGCAUCCGGGAGAAGGUGGGUGAACAAAACCAGGUGGUGAUCAUAGACAUGGCCGACCCCAAUAACCCAAGCAGACGACCCAUUUCCGCUGACAGCGCCAUCAUGAACCCUACCAGCAAGGUCAUCGCCCUGAAAGGUAGGCUACCACCACGACCCCACAACCUUGUGGGUGCGUCCCAAAUGGCACUCUAUUCUCUAUGUAGCGCACUACUUUUUGGCUAGGGCCCAUGGCACCCUAUGUAGAGAAUAGGGUGCCAUUUGGGACUCACACUGACCCCGCUCCCUGACCUGCCCUCACUGUGCUCCUUAUUCCACUGGUGUUAUACAACCAACAAAAACGCUCUGUUGCAAUGCACUUAUUACUACAUAGUUACUUGUUAAUCCAAUGCUGUUACCAGAGUAAUUGCGUCAUUACUACACGGGUAUAUGAGCAACCUAUUUCAACAUCACGUUGGUUCUGAAAAGUUCCCUAAAGGCAAUGGUGUGUUAUUUAGCAGUAUAGCACACAGGAUUACUGUUUAUGUAACUCCAACUUUAACAUAGCUGUCAAACGCAGUGUUGUGUGUAUCUGUGUUAUAAUGCACUAUUUCCUCCCAUGCUAUAAAUACACUCAGACAUAUUGGCUAAAUGUACUAAAUUGGUAAUGUAAAUCGAUUUUCCGCCACUGCUUCUACUCCUUUGUCAAAACACAGGCGCAUUUAGCCUUCUGUCUGUAUCGGUUUGCCUUACUUCUAAUGCAAUCUCUUCAGGCUUUGCAUAUCUCUUUUUACCUCUCUCUUUCCCCCUCGCUUUUUCUUUGACUGACUCUUACCUUUCUUUCCCUUGCUUUCUGUCAUCUAUCAAGAGGGUGAGUGUUUCCUCUCUCUCUCGCUCUUUCCUCUUUUUCUCUCUCUCUCUCCUUUUUCUCUCUCUUUUUCUAUCUCUGAGAUGUCUGCCUAUCUCUCAUCCUCUUUUUCUCUCACUGACUCUUGGCUUUCUUUCUUUCCCUUGCUUGCUUUCUUGUCACCUUUUCUCAGACGGUGAGUUCCUGCCUGUCGCUCUCUGUCUGUGGUGUUAUCUCUGUCUUCGUGUCUGUGGUCUGUCUCUCCUGUCUGUGGUCAUCAUGUCUCUCAUAAAAGCUUCCCCUCCUUAACCCACUUUUUUUCUCACCCAUCUACACACAAUACCCCAUAACGACAAAGUGAAAACAUGUUUUUAGAAAUGAUUGCACAUUUUAUUGAAAAUGAAAUACAGAAAUAUCUAAUUUACUUAAGUAUUCACACCCCUGAGUCAAUACAUGUUAGAAUCACCUUUGGCAGCGAUUACAGCUGUGAUUCUUUCUGGAUAAGUCUCUAAGAGCUUUGUUGCACACUAUUCUUAAAAAAAUUCUUCAUGCUCUGUCAAGUUGGUUGUUGAUCAUUGCUAGACAGCCAUUUUCAAGUCUUACCGUAGAUUUUCAAGCUGAUUUUAAGUGAAAACUGUAACUACAUUUUACAUUUUAGUCAUUUAGCAGACGCUCUUAUCCAGAGCGACUUACAGUUAGUGAGUGCAUACAUUUUCUUUUUUUAUACUGGUCCCCAUGGGAAACGAACCCACAACCCUGGCGUUGCAAACGCCAUGCUCUACCAACUGAGCCACUCAGGAACAUUCAAUGUCGUCUUGGUAAGCAACCCAGUGUAUAUUUGGCCUUGUUUUAGGUUAUUGUCCUGCUGAAAGGUGAAUUUGUCUCCCAGUGUCUGUUGGAAAGCAGACUGAACCAGGUUUUCCUCAAGGAUUUUGCCUGUGCUUAUUUUUAUUCAGUUUAUUUGUAUCCCCAAAAAAUCCCUAGUCCUUGCCAUUGACAAGCAUACCCAUAACAUGAUGCAGCAACCACCAUGCUUGAAAAUAUGAAGAGUGCUACUCCUAACCAUUUUACGGGCUCCUAACCUACUGUGCUAUUUUGUUAGUUUUUUUCACGUUGUUUGUAACUUAUUUUGUACAUAAUGUUGCUGCUACCGUCUCUUAUCACCGAAAAGAGCCAGGACAGAGCUCGAUGUUGUCAUGUGAAUUUCUAUCUCUAAUUCAACCUAAGCUUGAAUCAUUACCAGAGGUUGUAAGGCUCUGGUUUUAAUCAUCAAUGAUUCAAGGUCCACAACCCACAAGUCUUAUCUGUAUUUUUAUUCAUGGAGAGAGCUCUCCCGCCAAUGACACAAACAGACGAUUUUAUACCUCCUGGACUUGACUCCUCCCACCUUUAGGUGACUUUUCUAAACAGUUUCCGCCUUCCCCCUUGAAUGGUUAGUACCGCCCCCUCUGUUAGUGGGUUGACACUACAUGAUAAUUCUAACAUUUAUACUGUGUUUGGGGUGAAAUCCUUUAGUCAUUAUUCUUAAAAUCCAAAUUAAUCUAACAGAUGUCUAAUAUUAAAGAGUUCUCAUCUAUAUUAUUCGUAGCCAUCUAUUUACCACCACAAACCGAUGCUGGCACUAAGACCGCACUCAACGAGCUGUAUAAGGCCAUAAGAAAACAAGAAAAUGCUCAUCCAGAAGCGGCGCUCCUAGUGGCCGGGGACUUUAAAUCAAGCAAACUUAAAUCUGUUUUACCUAAUUUCUACCAGCAUGUCACAUGUGCAACAAGAGGGGAAAAAACCUCUAUACCACCUUUACUCCACACAGAGACGCAUACAAAGCUCUCCCUCAACCCUCCAUUUGGCAAAUCUGACCAUAAUUCUAUCCUCCUGAUUCCUGCUUACAAGCAAAAACUAAAGCAGGAAGUACCAGUGACUCUCUCAAUAUGGAAGUGGUCAGAUGACGCAGAUGCUACGCUACAGGACUGUUUUGCUAGCACAGACUGGAAUAUGUUCCGGGAUUCAUCCAAUGGCAUUGAGGAGUGUACCACCUCAGUCACCGGCUUCAUCAAUAAGUGCAUCGCUGACGUUGUCCCCACGGUGACCGUACGUACAUAUCCCAACCAGAAGCCAUGGAUUACAGGCAACAUCUGCAUUGAGCUAAAGGCUAGAGCUGCCGCUUUCAAGGAGCGGGACACUAAUCCGGACGCUUAUAAGAAAUCCCGCUACGCCCUCAGACGAACCAUCAAACAGGCAAAGCGUCAAUACAGGAUUAAGAUUGAAUCCUACUACACCGGCUCUGACGCUAGUCAGAUGUUGCAGGGCUUGAAAACUAUUACGGACUACAAAGGUAAACCCAUCCACGAGCUGCCCAGUGAUGCGAGCCUACCAGACGAGCUAAAUGCCUUUUUAUGCUCGCUUCGAGGCAAGCAACACUGAAGCAUGCAUGAGAGCACCAGCUGUUCCGGACGACUGUGUGAUCACGCUCUCGGUAGCCGAUGUGAGCAAGACCUUUAAACAGGUCAACAUUCACAAAGCUGCAGGGCCAGACGGAUUACCAGGACGUGUAAUCAAAGCAUGCGCGGACCAAAUGGCAAGUGUCUUCACUGACAUUUUCAACCUCUCCCUGACCGAGUCUGUAAUACUUGCAUGUUUCAUGCAGACCACCAUAGUCCCUGUGCCCAAGGAAGCGAAGGUAAACUGCCUAAAUGAUUACCGCCCUGUAGCACUCACGUCGGUAGCCAUGAAGUGCUUUGAAAAGCUGGUCAUGGCUCACAUCAACACCAUCAUCCUGGAAACCCUAGACCCACUCAAAUUUGCAUACCGCCCCAACAGAUCCACAGAUGACGCAAUCUCAACGCACUCCACACUGCCCUUUCCCACCUGGACAAAAGGAACAUCUAUGUGAGAAUGCUGUUAAUUGACUACAGCUCAGCGUAGUCACCAUAGUGCCCACAAAGCUCAUCACUAAGCUAAGGACCCUGGGACUAAACAUCUCCCUCUGCAACUGGAUCCUGGACUUCCUGACGGGCCGCCCCCCAGGUGGUAAGGGUAGGCAACAACACAUCUGCCACGCUGAUCCUCAUCACUGGGGCCCCUCAGGGGUGCGUGCUUAGUCCCCUCCUGUACUCCCACCAUCAUUAAGUUUGCUGACGACACAACCGUGGUAGGCCUGAUCACCGACAACGAUGAGACAGCCUAUAGGGAGGAGGUCCGAGACCUGGCCACACUGCCAGGACAACAACGUCUCCCUCAAUGUGAGCAAGACAAAGGAGCUGAUUGUGGAUUAAAGGAAAAGGCGGGCCUAACAGGCCCCCAUUCACAUCGACAGAGCUGUAGUGGAGUGGGUCAAGAGUUUCAAGUUCCUUGGUGUCCACAUCACCAACAAACUAGCAUGGUCCAAACACACCAAGACAGUCGUGAAGAGGGCACGACAACACCUUUUCCCUCUCAGGAGACUGAAAAGAUUUGGCAUAAGCCAUAAGACUGCUGAACAAUUAAUCAAAUGGCCACCCGGACUAUUUACAUUGACGCCCCCCCCCCCCCCCCGCUGCUGCUACUUGCUGUUUAUUAUCUGUGCAUAGUCACUUUACCCCUACCUACAUGAACAAAUUACCUCGACUAACCUGUACCCCCACACAUUGACUCGGUACUGGUACCCCCUGUAUAUAGCCUCGUUAUUGUUAUUUUAUUGUGCUACGUUUUAUUAUUUUUUACCUUCGUUUAUUUAGUAAAUAUUUUUUUAACUCUUUCUUGAACUGCAUUGUUGGUUAAGGGCUUGUAAGUAAGCAUUUCACGGUAAGGUCUACACCUGUUGUAUUCGGCGCAUGUGACAAAUAAAAUGUGAUAUGAUGUGUUGGAUUUGCCCCAAACAUAACACUUUGUGUUCCGGACAUAAAGUUAAUUUCUUUGCCACAUUUUUGCAGUUUUACUUUAGUGCCUUAAACUGUUUUAAAGUCACCAUUGGCCUCAUGGUGAAAUCAUGGUUUCAUUCCUCUCCGGCAACUGAGUUAGGAAGGAGGGCUGUAUCUUUGUAGUGACUGGGUGUAUUGAUACACCAUCCAAAGUGUAGGCUAAUUAAUAACUUCCCCAUGCUCAAAGCGAUAUUCAAUGUGCGCUUAAAAAAAAAAAAUCCAUCUACCAAUAGGUGCCCUUUUUUGCGAGGCAUUAAGAAAACCUCCUUGGUCUUUCUGGUUGAAUCUGUGUUUUGAAAUUCACUGCUCAGCUGAGGAACCUUACAGAUAGUUGUAUGUGUGGGUUACAGAGAUGAGGUAGUCAUUCAAAAAUCAUGUUAAACACUGUUAUUGCACACAGAGUGAGUCCAUGCAACUUAUUAUGUGACUUGUUAAGCACAUUUUGACUCCUGAACUUAUUUAGGCUUGCCAUAACAAAGGGGUUGAAUACUUAUUGACUCAAAACAUUUCAGCGUUUCAUUUUUAAUUCAUUUGUAAACAUUUAUAAAAACAUAAUUCCAACUUUGACAUUAUGGGUAUUGUGUGUAGGCCAGUGAUACAAAAUCUCAAUUUAAUCCAUUUUAAAUUCGGGCUGUUACAACAAUGUGGAAAAAGUCAAGGGGUGUGAAUACUACUGAAGGCACUGUAUUCUGAUUCCUUCUGACAAGUAACCAAAUCAAUGAGAUCGUUUGGAGGACAGCGGAGCAUUCGGUUCUAUACAUUUGAAUCCACACAUUGUAACUGUCCCCUGACUGUGACAUCUCAAGUGUAGAAGUUUUCAGUCAGAGUUCCCCCAAAACAGCCCCCCCCCCCACACACACACACAGACACAAACACCCACACAUGCUUUUAUGAGAACCGUACGUGUUAGCAUGACCUGGUGUAUGCUGGUAGACUGUGUGUGGUAUGCAUCAUCAGAUUUCAUACACACUAGAAGUUGUGUGUGUGUGUGAGGUAUUCCUCUCCAUCUCUAGAUCUCUCUCUCUACAGCUUACCAGGUAUGUCCUACCUCUUCACCUACGUGUGGGGUCUCUGGUAAACCGGUUCUAUUCCUUGCUCACUGUCUAAACCUGAAACUAUAGGACAUGCUGUCAGUACUGGUCUAGUUUCAUCUUCAAAUGCUGUCCCUUGGGCUUAGUUCCAUUUACACUGGUUGUGAUAUGGGAGGUUAGUAAACGAUGGAGUUUUAUUUCCUCACUCAUUACUCUCAGCAUGCCAGAGACUAGAACAGUCCUCUGUAGCUCAGCUGGUAGAGCACGGCGCUUGUAACGCCAAGGUAGUGGGUUCGAUCCCCGGGACCACCCAUACACAAAAAUGUAUGCACGCAUGACUGUAAGUCGCUUUGGAUAAAAGCGUCUGCUAAAUGGCAUAUUUAGUAGCCAACACUGAUUCUAGUAGCUCUCGCUCUCACUUUCCUCUAAAUAGCCUGCCUGUUCCAGUGUUUCCCCUAUAUUGAUUUAGCAGUGGCCGCGCCGCUGCUAAAAUGUUGCUGCCACUCCAAAAAAUAUGAUAUAUAUUUUUUUAUACUUCUACGGGAAAACACUGAGUUCUAUGUCUCUGUUAGAUUACUUGGGCCUGGAGUUUGUGACAAAUGUAUGUCUUAUUUAUUUACCUUUAUUUCACCAUCCAUGUAAGUAAGAGAUUCAGCACACGUUCUCCUUUACAGCAACAACCUGGAGCACAGUUGUUCUGGAGGAUCUGUCUGCUAGACACUAUCUAUUAGGUCAUGUGUUAUCUACCUAUCGCCCCCUCUCUUUAUCCACACACCCGUCACGCUCUCUCACUGUACAGGGAAAUGGCACACUUUUGGACCAUCAUGGAAAUCCAGUUUGCUGGGAACUUAAAGGGAUAGUUCACACGCAUUACAAUGUACAAAUCUAAUGGAUACCUAGAAAGAAGUCCAUGGUCCUGGAUAGUCAGCAAGCUACCCAAAGAUGGAGUUCACUAGCUACAGUUUAGCAUUAGCUUCAUUCAGUGUCUCACUGUAUCUCCCAUAGAUAUAGAACAAAAUUAUGAAUUGUUGUAUUGGUCUCCCCUCCCUUUGUCCUCAGCUGCUAAGUGCCUGCAGAUCUUCAACAUUGAGAUGAAGAGUAAGAUGAAGGCCCACACCAUGACAGAGGAAGUCAUGUUCUGGAAGUGGAUCUCUGUCAACACUGUCGCCUUGGUGACUGAAGCGGCCGUCUACCAUUGGAGCAUGGAGGGGGACUCUCAGCCAAUGAAAGUAUUUGAUCGGCACGCCAGUCUGGCCGGUUGCCAGAUCAUAAACUACAGAACAGACGAACAGCAGAAGUGGCUUCUGCUUAUUGGGAUUUCGGCACAGGUAUACACAGACGCGUGCACACGCGCACGUCUUAUGAUCAGCAUUCUAUUCUAUAUGCAUACACACCCAUAGUUCACAGCACUCACAUCAGUGUGUACACACAUCAGACAUAUGUUAUAAGUUAGUGUUUGUGUUCUAAAAGCACUGUACUUUGGUCCUUUUUCUAGCAUGUUCAGACAGUGAUGACAUCCCCUCUUCUCUCUCCUCUAUCCUGCAGCAAAACCGUGUGGUGGGGGCCAUGCAGCUGUACUCUGUUGACAGGAAGGUGUCCCAGCCCAUCGAGGGCCACGCUGCAGCCUUCGGAGAGUUUAAGGUGGAGGGCAACACCAAAGCCUCCACUCUCUUCUGCUUCGCUGUGCGCAGCCAGGCUGGGGGCAAGGUGAGAAGAGGACACUGGGGGGUAUACAGGCAUGGUGAACGUAGUUACAGUUCCAUAACAAACCAGGACUCCUCCUAUAUGCAUGUGAAAUAUUAACGCCAAUCACUGUUAAGACUUGUGUGGACUUGUUGUUUUGUGGUUACUGUUGUUUUGUGGUUACUUUAUGUUACUAUUUGGUCAAAAUGCAUACGGUCAUGUGUGGUCAGUGUGUUACUGUGGUCAUGUGUGGUUAGUAUGCGGUCAGUAUGUUGACAUGUGUGGUCGUGUUGUGUUCCAGCUGCAUAUCAUAGAGGUGGGUCAGCCGGCUACAGGGAACCAGCCGUUUACCAAGAAGGCGGUUGAUGUGUUCUUCCCUCCCGAGGCUCAGACAGACUUCCCUGUCGCCAUGCAGGUAAGGACCUUAGGGUGCCUCUCACAAUGCCUGAAUGAAAUGAAUGAGUUAUGCAGUAUAUUAGUAGGGUCAGACUGACUCUGCUGGCUGGGAGGUUUUCUUUCUGCAUAUUUAACCAAUACAACUGAAGCUGUUUGUGUUCGGGUUGUGUUUUCCCUUAUCUUGGAAAUAUUCAGUUAUCAGCAACCUGCACACACAUCUCUCUGUUCAGGCUUCUUUAACCAUUAAAACACUUAUCUGCCAUUCAACAAUGUUGAUAGGAAUUUGUCUUGGUGUUGUACACUGCUAAGAAAACCCAUAGUUGUCUUUGGCCCAUACAGAGGGUGUAAUCUCUGUACCCCCUGAUUCUCUGACCUCAGAUUGGCACCAAGCACGGUGUGAUCUACCUGAUCACUAAGUACGGCUACAUCCACCUGUAUGAUCUGGAGUCAGGAGUGUGUAUCUACAUGAACCGCAUCAGCGCUGAGACCAUCUUCGUCACCGCCCCCCACGAACCCACCUCCGGCAUCAUCGGGGUUAACAAGAAGGGACAGGUAUGAACUCCUCUUAAUCCCAUUAGAUUUACCGUAUGAUAUGUCUGUAUACUACAGGAACACUAGGGUUAUUUUGUUUUUAAUGGAUACAUGUGAAAGCAUAUACACAUAACAAGCUAUUCAGAGUUAAUCAUCCAUUGAUUGAUUGAUUUGGGCUGUGUCCCAAAUUGCACCCUAUUCUCUAUGUAGUGCUAUACUUUGGAUAGGGCUCUGUUCAGUAGUAGACGACAAUCAAUUCAUUUGAUGCAUCCCCCCUCAGGUGUUGUCAGUGUGUGUGGAGGAGGAGAACAUAGUGAACUAUGCCACCAACGUGCUGCAGAACCCAGACCUGGGCCUGAGGAUGGCCGUGCGUUCUAACCUGGCCGGGGCAGAUGAGCUGUUUGCCAGGAAGUUCAACACGCUGUUCGCUCAGGGCUCCUACUCCGAGGCUGCCAAGGUGGCUGCCUCCACGCCCAAGGUAGGUCAGACCCAAGGGCCAGGGGAUAGGAGAUGAUCGGUUGGGUUGGGUUUGGAGGAGGGUUGCAAAAUUACGGUAACUAUCUCAAAAUUCCAGUUGGAGGAUUCCCAGAAUUAGGAGGGAAAAAGCAGGAAAUCCAGAAACCCCCAACCAGGAUUUCUGGAAGAUCUGGGAAUUUUGGGAAAGUUACUGGAAUUUUGCAAACCUAGGAGGAAGACAGUCUUUGAAUAGAUCCUCCUUAGCUUUGUUAUACACUUAGCAACAAUAACACUAUCUUAUCCUAUACUCCCCCUCCCUCGUCCAGGGUAUCCUGCGGACAGUGGAGACCAUCCGUAAAUUCCAGAGUGUGCCGGCCCAACCGGGCCAGGCUUCUCCCCUGCUGCAGUACUUUGGCAUCCUGCUGGACCAGGGCCAGCUCAACAAGUUUGAGUCUAUGGAGCUGUGCAGGCCCGUGCUACAGCAGGGACGCAAGCAGCUGCUGGAGAAGUGGCUGAAAGAGGACAAGGUAGGACUGACUGGGGAUGGAGCUGUGGACUGGGCAGCCUUGUCACAUUUACAUUGACAUGUUAGUCAUUUAGCCUCAAUAAAGUAGCUAUCAGCAAAGUCAGAGCUGGGGGGGGGGGGGGGGGGGAUAGUGCUCACACAAACAUCAAGACUAUGUAAACAGUAGUCUCUUAACAGGGUCCAUAGAGACUUUCAAUCUAUUCCCUUUGUAUAUUUACCCUGAAAUUGCAUUAUAGCUACAGUUUAUUGUGUGUGUGUGUGUGUGUGUGUGUGUAGCUGGAGUGUUCUGAGGAGCUUGGUGACCUGGUUAAGGCAGUAGAUCCUACUCUAGCCCUCAGUGUCUACCUCAGGGCCAACAUACCCAGCAAGGUGAUCCAGUGCUUCGCUGAGACCGGACAGUUCCAGAAGAUAGUGCUCUACGCCAAGAAGGUACAGUUCACUUCCAGAGUGGAUGGACAUCUCUUUGGAUGUGUUGCAAAUUGCACCCUAUUCCCUAUAUUGUGCCCUGGUCAAAAGUAGCACACUAUGAAGGGGAAUAUGGUGCCAUUUGGGAGGCACAACUCUCGUAGUAUCUUAUAGCAUUUUCCUCUAUGAAUACGACGAGACAGCCUAUAGGGAGGAGGUCAGAGAUCUGAUCGUGUGGUGCCAGGACAACAACCUCUCCCUCAACGUGAUCAAGACAAAGGAGAUGGUUGUGGACUACAGGAAAAAGAAGAGGACCGAGCACGCCCCCAUUCUCAUCGAUGGGGCUGUAGUGGAGCAGGUUGAGAGCUUCAAGUUCCUUGGUGUCCACAUCACCAACAAACUAACAUGGUCCAAGCACACCAAGACAGUCGUGAAGAGGGCACGACAAAACCUAUUCCCCCUAAGGAGACUGAAAAGAUUUGGCAUGGGUCCUCAGAUCCUCAAAAGGUUCUACAGCUGCACCAUCGAGAGCAUCCUGACUGGUUGCAUCACCGCCUGGUAUGGCAACUGCUCAGCCUCCAACCGCAAGGCACUACAGAGGGUGGUGCGUAUGGCCCAGUACAUCACUGGGGCCAAGCUUCCUGCCAUCCAGGACCUCUAUACCAGGCAGUGUCAGAGGAAGGCCCUAAUAAUUGCCACCCUAGUUAUAGACUGUUCUCUCUGCUACUGCAUGGCAAGUGGUACCGGAGCGCCAAGUCUAGGUCCAAGAGGCUUCUAAACAGCUUCUACCCCCAAGCCAUAAGACCCCUGAACAUCUAAUCAAAUGGCUACCCAGUAUUUUAUAUUGUCUUUUUUGUGUUUAAAAAAAAAUAAUAAUUGUGGGGGGGUAUUCUUUCUUAAAACUACAUUGUUGGUUAAGGGCUUGUAAGUAAGCAUUUCACUGUAAGGUCUACACCUGUUGUAUUCGGCGCAUGUGACAAAUACAAUUUGAUUUGAUAGUUUGCAUGGGAUCCUGCUUUUAUUAGGACGUUUGAUUGAUCAGAAGUACCUCGUUUUAAAAUGUAAACUUGCUCGUUUGUCUCAUCAGAUGACGGUGUUGUGAUGUGGCCUCCCAUAUCUAUCAAUCUAAUCUCCGCCCCCCUCUCUCUAUCUCUCCCUGGUAUAGGUGGGCUACUCUCCAGACUGGGUGUUUCUGUUGAGGAAUGUGAUGCGGGUCAGUCCAGACCAGGGUCUACAGUUCUCUCAGAUGCUGGUUGCAGAUGAGGAGCCCCUGGCCAACAUCAACCAGGUAACACACACGCACAAGCACACACGCACAGGCACACACAGACACGCGCAAGCCCGCACACACUGCCCAGUGUGGGAGCCUCCCGGUUUGUUAUUCCAUGUGGGAGAGCAAUGCCAGGAAUUCUCUGACUUAGGGAGCCUUCUUCCUUUUAAGGGCAUAUCAACUUUCCCUUCCUCCUGUCUGAACUGGCUCUGGGUACAAGUUGCCCACAAGCACAGAUUUAGGUUGCCUAUUCCCAACAUAGUGCACUACUUUCAACCAAAGCCCUAAGGGCCCUGGUCAACAUUAGUGCACUAUAUAGGGAAUAAGAUGCCAUUUGGGACACACCCCUAUAAUCAAGUUUAGAGGUAAUUUCAUGCUACCUGAUGAUUCCCACAUUCUGAAUGGAAUUCUUUAAAAUUAAUAUUAUACUGUCUUCCUGUGGGUUCCUUAUUCGCUGCUCAUUUCUCCCUGCUCCUUUGAAAGCGAAUCACCCUCUAACCCUUAGCUCUUAGGUACUAAAGUAUAGCAGAUCUGAAAGGAUUGGAGAGUUCAAGAUGAAUGCCGUAGCAUAUCAGAAAGUGGAGCAAUUACCAUAUUACUUAUCAUACCUAAAGGAUUGCUUUGGAUCUACACAGUGUCUAUGGAGCUAGAGGUUGUAUUAGGAUUGAACAUUGAGUGCAAUCUGAUCCAGUAGUGCAUUCCCUGAUGAAGCAGGAGUAUGUCCCUGUGACUCUUGAUUACCGCUUUCUCUCCUGUGAUUGGUUGCUGAUGUCCACCCUCUCUCUUGAUUGGUGUAGAUAGUGGAUGUGUUCAUGGAGGGCAGUCUGAUCCAGCAGUGUACCUCGUUCCUAUUGGACGCUCUGAAGAACAACCAGCCAGCCGAGGGACACCUACAGACACGCCUACUGGAAAUGAACCUCCUCCAUGCUCCCCAGGUACACACACACACACACACACACACACCUUUCAUAAUGUCCGUUGUGUUUCUAUUGGUCCGUUGUGUUGUGUUAUAACUUGUGUGUGUAUCCAGGUGGCCGACGCAAUCCUGGGAAACCAGAUGUUUACUCACUAUGACCGAGCCCACAUCGCCCAGCUGUGUGAGAAGGCUGGGCUACUACAGAGGGCUCUAGAACACUACACUGACCUGUUCGACAUCAAAAGGGCUCUCGUACACACACACCUUCUCAACCCUGAGGUACGUACCAGUAGGUGUGUUUAAAUGUACCCUCUGUUUGGGGUGUGUUGUAUUAACCCUCUCCUCUCUCCCUGCAGUGGCUGGUGAACUUCUUUGGUGCCCUGUCAGUAGAGGACUCAGUAGAGUGUCUUCGGGCCAUGUUAUCAGCCAACAUCAGACAGAACCUUCAGCUGUGUGUCCAGGUGGCAUCUAAAUACCACCAGCAGCUGGGAACAAACACCCUGGUGGAUCUCUUCGAGUCCUUCAAGAGCUUCGAGGGUACGUCUGGAUCUGGCCUCUUAUGUUUGAAAACGUGUCAGCUUGUGGCCUGUGUGUAAUACAAUACAAUGUAAUAUUAUUCAUCUACAAUGUAUGUUCUUAACUCUGGGUAGCAUGGGCCUGGGAGGCUCACAGGGAUAUUGGUGUCCACAGUACUCCACCAAUUAUAAAUUGUUAAACUCAAUACUAUUCCCCUUUAUUACAUUUUUACAUGAAUGCACUGUGAUUUUAAGCUGGCAAAGUUUUCUAUCUGCCUCAUGGCAAAAUGUGUAGAAUUUCAGGAUAUUAGCUUUAUAAUAAUAUAAUAUGCCAUUUAGCAGACGCUUUUAUCCAAAGCGACUUAGUCAUGUGCGCAUACAUUUUUACGUAUGGAUGGUCCUGGGGAUCGAACCCACUACCCUGGCGUUACAAGCGCCAUGCUCUACCAAUUUAGCCACAGAGGACCACUCAUAGCUGCAACAACAACAAAUAUCUCUGCCCCAUGGCAAAAUGUGUAGAAUUGCAGGAAAUUAGCAACAUUUCUCUCUGAUGCCAAGAGGCGGUCCUUUUAAAAUGCUCUUUCCCUGGGCCCGAGACCUGGUUCAUCCAGCCAUGUACUUCAGAAGCCAAAGUAAAACUCCUUGUAGGCUAUUUUUAUUACACUUGAGUCUGAUUAUGAGGGGGUCCCUGAUGAAUUUGCUAACACAAAAGGGGCCUACCAUGGGUUUGAAUCUCCUACCUUUGCUGUCCCCUCUUUAUUGUCCUAUCGUGUCGGUUUACUUGGGCGGCAUUCACAGGGAAACUAGGAAACUUAUUCAAAUGUGAAAUUGUGUUCUUCCUCUUCCUCUCCCAGGUGUGUUCUACUUCCUGGGUUCCAUAGUGAACUUCAGCCAGGACCCUGACGUCCAUUUUAAAUACAUCCAGGCGGCCUGUAAGACCGGACAGAUCAAGGAGGUGGAACGCAUCUGUAGAGAGAGCAAUUGUUACGACCCGGACAGGGUCAAGAACUUCCUCAAGGUACCAGGGCUACCCUAGCAGUGUUGGUUGGGUGAACAUUUAGCACAGUCGUUAGUCUGGCAGACUACAAUCUCUCUCUCUCUCUCUCUUUCUCUCCCCCCCCCCCCCCAUCAGGAGGCUAAACUGACAGACCAGCUGCCUCUGAUCAUAGUGUGUGACCGCUUUGACUUUGUCCAUGACCUGGUUCUCUACCUCUACCGCAACACUCUGCAAAAGUACAUUGAGAUCUACGUUCAGAAGGUAAGAGUCAUCAGCCUGGCAGUAGGCACAGUGAGGAGGAACACAGCACUGCAGCCAGGGAAGGAAGAUGAAACGUGUCAAGAUACCUUAUUGUUGGUUUUACCAAUAGCAUUAGCUAUCCUAUAAAUGUUUUCUGCUGUCAUUGCGUCGCAUUGAUGUGUGUAGGUGAACCCUAGCCGGCUGCCAGUGGUGAUAGGAGGUCUGUUGGAUGUAGACUGUGCUGAAGACGUCAUUAAGAACCUGAUCAUGGUGGUGAGAGGACAGUUCUCCACAGACGAGCUAGUGGCAGAGGUGGAGAAGAGGAACAGGUACAGACACACAACUUUACACACAUGGUCUCCAACCCUGUCUGCUCCUGUACGUCCUCAACAUUUUGUCUGAUAACUUUCAGGCCUGUCUUUUCCCCCGUGUGAGGGAAUGCUUAAAUGUUUUCUGACCAAAUGUUCCCCCAAAGUAUUGUUUGUGACUUACGUUUUCAAGAGGGUUUCUCAGAAGUAGAUUUUGCGUGUGUGUCCCAGACUGAAGCUGUUGUUGCCAUGGCUGGAGUCUCGUAUCCACGAGGGCUGUGAGGAGCCGGCUACCCACAAUGCCUUGGCUAAGAUAUACAUAGACAGUAACAACAACCCGGAGCGCUUCCUGAAGGAGAACACCUUCUACGACAGCACUGUAGUGGGGAAGUAUUGUGAGAAGAGGGACCCCCACCUCGCCUGUGUCGCUUACGAGAGGGGCCAGUGUGACCUGGACCUUAUCAAGGUCUGAACGCACGCACACACACACACACACAUACACACAGAUGACUAUGAUGCACUGAUUGAUGUGGUUUCAUUGUGCUCUGUUGUAGGUGUGCAAUGAGAACUCUCUGUUCAAGAGUGAGGCUCGCUACCUGGUCCGACGGAAAGACCCAGAACUAUGGGCUAAUGUUCUAGAGGAGAACAACCCUUAUAAACGCCAACUAAUAGACCAGGUCAGUAGAAUGCCCUCUGAUAACCCUGUGUUGGUUUACUGUGUUUUACCUGCUUCCCUGUGUUCACACCUGUGGCUCCCUGUGUUCGGACCUGUGGCUCCCUGUGUUCGUACCUGUGGCUCCCUGUGUUCGGACCUGUGGCUCCCUGUGUUCGGACCUGUGGCUCCCUGUGUUCGGACCUGUGGCUCCCUGUGUUCGGACCUGUGGCUCCCUGUGUUCGGACCUGUGGCUCCCUGUGUUCGGACCUGUGGCUCCCUGUGUUCGUACCUGUGGCUCCCUGUGUUCGGACCUGUGGCUCCCUGUGUUAUGACCUGUGGUUCCGUGUAUUUCCCAGGUGGUGCAGACAGCUCUGUCAGAGACCCAGGACCCAGAGGAGGUGUCGGUGACUGUCAAGGCCUUUAUGACAGCUGACCUGCCCAAUGAGCUCAUCGAACUACUGGAGAAGAUCGUACUGGAUAACUCAGUCUUCAGCGAGCACCGGUCAGUCACUGUGUGCGCGCACACACACUACUUGGCCCCACCUUUAAGCUUUGAGGUUAAAAAGACACAAAUAUUUCAGAUGUUCUACUAAUACCUGUAGUUGAAGUCUUAUCUAGCCUCUGUAUCUUCUCUGUUACUACCCCAGAAACCUCCAGAACCUGUUGAUCCUGACGGCCAUCAAGGCAGACCGGACGCGUGUGAUGGAGUACAUCAACCGCCUGGACAACUACGACGCUCCAGACAUCGCUAACAUCGCCAUCAGCAACGAGCUCUUCGAGGAGGCCUUCGCCAUCUUUAAAAAGUUUGACGUCAACACCUCUGCCAUUCAGGUAAACAAGAGUCUGAAGAUGAUGCAAAUAUUUAGCUAAUCAUUGUAUCCGCUUUAUUUCAAUGCACCAAUAAUACUCUUCUUUACUUUACUUUUCUUUGUGCUCCUUACAAAUAUUUUAUCAUGGUACCCUCUUUUUAUUUAAUACCAAUAAUACUUUUCUUUGUGCUAUUUACUCAUUCACACAGCAUAACCAUACCGUCCACCUGUGUCUCUAGGUCCUGAUCGAGCAUAUCAGUAACCUGGACAGAGCCUAUGAGUUUGCAGAGCGUUGUAAUGAGGCUGCGGUAUGGAGUCAGCUGGCCAGAGCCCAGCUCCAGAGAGACCUGGUUAAAGAGGCCAUCGACUCCUACAUCAAAGCUGACGACCCAUCAGCCUACAUGGAGGUGGUCAGCGCUGCCAGCAAAAACGGUAGGACAACACAUCGCCAUAACUAAGCUACACGGAGAUGGAGGAACAUGAAAAAGAAAGGAAACAGAGAAAUUAGUCGGGAUAAGUCCAAAAAGAGUUGUCACCAAAAUUGUCUAGUAAAAUGAAGCCUUCUAUGCGCUGUGUAUAAUGUAUGACAGGGUUCCCCAAUGUGUUUGUGUAUAAUGUAUUGUGUGUGUGUGUGUAUGUAUGUAUGUAUGUAUGUAUGUAUGUAUGUAUGUAUGUAUAUAUAUAUAUAUCACACACACACACACACACACAGUGGGGAGAACAAGUAUUUGAUACACUGCCGAUUUUGCAGGUUUUCCUACUUACAAAGCAUGUAGAGGUCUGUAAUUUUUAUCAUAGGUACACUUCAACUGUGAGAAACGGAAUCUAAAACAAAAAUCCAGAAAAUCACAUUGUAUGAUUUUUAAGUAAUUAAUUUGCAUUUUAUUGCAUGACAUAAGUAUUUGAUCACCUACCAACCAGUAAGAAUUCCGGCUCUCACAGACCUGUUAGUUUUUCUUUAAGAAGCCCUCCUAUUCUCCACUCAUUACCUGUAUUAACUGUACCUGUUUGAACUCGUUACCUGUAUAAAAGAUACCUGUCCACACACUCAAUCAAACAGACUCCAAACAGACUCCAAACAGACUCCAACCUCUCCACAAUGGCCAAGACCAAGGACAUCAGGGAUAAAAUUGUAGACGUGCACAAGGCUGGUAUGGGCUACAGGACAAUAGGCAAGCAGCUUGGUGAGAAGGCAACAACUGUUGGCGCAAUUAUUAGAAAAUGGAAGAAGUUCAAGAUGACGGUCAAUCACCCUCGGUCUGGGGCUCCAUGCAAGAUCUCACCUCGUGGGGCAUCAAUGAUCAUGAGGAAGGUGAGGGAUCAGCCCAGAACUACACGGCAGGACCUGGUCAAUGACCUGAAGAGAGCUGGGACCACAGUCUCAAAGAAAACCAUUAGUAACACACUACGCCGUCAUGGAUUAAAAUCCUGCAGCGCACGCAAGGUCCCCCUGCUCAAGCCAGCGCAUGUCCAGGCCCGUCUGAAGUUUGCCAAUGACCAUCUGGAUGAUCCAGAGGAGGAAUGGGAGAAGGUCAUGUGGUCUAUCCCAGCCUUGUGCAGGUCUACAAUUUUAUCCCUGAUGUCCUUACACAGCUCUCUGGUCUUGGCCAUUGUGGAGAGGUUGGAGUCUGUUUGAUUGAGUGUGUGGACAGGUGUCUUUUAUACAGGUAACGAGUUCAAACAGGUGCAGUUAAUACAGGUAAUGAGUGGAGAACAGGAGGGCUUCUUAAAGAAAAACUAACAGGUCUGUGAGAGCUGGAAUUCUUACUGGUUGGUAGGUGAUCAAAUACUUAUGUCAUGCAAUAAAAUGCUAAUUAAUUACUUAAAAAUCAUACAAUGUGAUUUUCUGGAUUUUUUUCUCUCACAGUUGAAGUGUACCUAUGAUAAAAAUUACAGACCUCUACAUGCUUUGUAAGUAGGAAAACCUGCAAAAUCGGCAGUGUAUCAAAUACUUGUUCUCCCCACUGUAUAUGUGUACACUAUAUAUACAAAAGUAUGUGCACACCCCUUCAAAUGAAUGGAUUUGGCUAUUUCAGCCACACCUGUUGCUGACAUGUGUAUAAAAUCGAGCACACAGCCAUGCAAUCUCCAUAGACACACUUUGGCAGAAGAAUGGCCUUACUAAAGAGCCCAGUGACUUUCAACGUGGCACCGUCAUAGGAUGCCACCUUUCCAACAAGUCAGAAAUAUUAACGCUACAGCAUACAAUGACAUUCUAGACGAUUCUGUGCUUCCAACUUUGUGGCAACAGUUGGGGGAAGGCCCUUUCCUGUUUCAGCAUGACAAUGCCCCCAUGCACAAAGUGAAGUCCAUACAGAAAUGGUUUGUCAAGAUCGGUGUAGAAGAACUUGACUGGCCUGCACAGAGUCCUGACCUCAACCCCAUUGAACACCUUUGGGAUGAAUUGGAAAUCCCACUGUGAGCCAGGCAUAAUCGCCCAACAUCAGUGCCCGACCUCACUAAUGCUCUUGUGGCUGAAUGGAAGCAAGUCCCCGCAGCAAGGUUCUAACAUCUAGUGGAAAGCCUUCCCAGAAAAGUGGAGGCUGUUAUAGCAGCAAAGGGGAGACCAACUCUAUAUUAAUGCCCUUGAUUUUGAAAUGAAAUGUUCGACGAGCAGGUGUCCACAUACUUCUGGUCAUGUAGUGUUUGAUGUUUGUAUAUAAUGUAUGAUGUGUGUGUAUUGUAGAUAACUGGGAGGAUCUGGUGAAGUUCCUUCAGAUGGCCCGUAAAAAGGCCCGGGAGUCGUACGUAGAGACGGAGCUCAUCUUUGCUCUGGCUAAAACUGUCAGACUGGCCGAACUAGAGGAGUUUGUUAGCGGACCUAACAAUGCCCAUAUUCAACAGGUAAAGGUGUCAAAUAUGUACAAAAUGCAUAUACAGUGCCUUCGGAAAGUUUUCAGACCCCUUGACUUUUUCCACAUUUUGUUACGUUACAGCCUUAUUCUAAAAUUGAUAAAAUUGUUUUUUCCCCUCAUCAAUCUACACACAAUACCCCAUUAUGACAAAGCAAAACAGGCUUUUGGAAAUUUUUGGUAAUUUAUUAAAAACUGAAAUAUUACAUUUACAUAAUUAUUCAGACCCUUUACUCAGUACUUUGUUGAAGCACCUUUGUCAGCGAUUACAGCAUCGAGUCUUCUUUGGUAUGACGCUACAAGCUUGGCACACCUGUAUUUGGGGAGUUUCUCCCAUUAUUUUCUGCAGAUUCUCUCAAGCUGUGUCAGGUUAGAUGGGGAGCGUUGCUGCACAGCUAUUUUCAGGUCUCUCCAGAGAUGUUAGAUCGGGUUCAAGUCCGGGCUCUGGCUGGGCCACUCAAGGACAUUCAGAGACUUGUCCCGAAGCCACUCCUGCGUUAUUUUGGCUGUUUGCUUAGGGUUGUUGUCCUGUUGGAAGGUGAACCUUUGCCCCAGUCUGAGGUCCUGAGCACUCUGGAGCAGGUUUUCGUCAAGGAUCUCUCUGUACUUUGCUCCGUUCAUCUUUGCCUCAAUCCUGACUAGUCUUCCAGUCCCUGCAGCUGAAAAACAUCCCUACAGCAUGAUGCUGCCUCCACCAUGCUUCACAGUAGGGAUGGUGCCAGGUUUCCUCCAGACGUGACACUUGGCAUUCAGGCCAAAGAGUUCAAUCUUGGUUUAAUCAGACCAGAGAAUGUUGUUUCUCAUGGUCUGAGAGUCCUUUAGGUGCCUUUUAGCGAACUCCAAGUGGGCUGUCAUGUGCUUUUUACUGAGGAGUGGCUUCCGUCUGGCCACUCUACCAUAAAGGCUUGAUUGGUGGAGGGCUGCAGAGAUGGUUGUCCUUCUGGAAGGUUCUCCCAUCUCCACAGAGGAACUCUGGAGCUCUGUCAGAGUGACCAUCGGGUUCUUGGUGACCUCCUUGACCAAGGUCCUUCUCCCCCAAUUGCUCAGUUUGGCCGGGCGGCCAGCUCUAGGAAGAGUCUUAAUGGUUCCAAACUUCUUCCAUUUAAGAUUAAGAGUGAUGGAGGCCACUGUGUUCUUGGGGACCUUCAAUGCUGCAGAAAUGAUUUGGUACCCCUCCCCAGAUCUGUGCCUUGACACAAUCAUGUCUCGGAGCUCUACGGACAAUUCCUUCGACCUCAUGGCUUGAUUUUUGCUCUGACAUGCACUGUCAUCUGUGGGACCUUUAUAUAGACAGGUGUGUGCCUUUUCAAAUCAUGUCCAAUCAAUUGAAUUUACCACAGGUGGACUCCAAUCAAGUUGUAGAAACAUCUCAAGGAUGAUCAAUGGAAACAGGAUGCACCUGAGCUCAAUUUCGAGUCUCAUAGCAAAGGGUCUGAAUACUUAUGUACAGUGCCUUGCAAAAGUAUUCAUCCCCCUUGGCGUUUUUCCUAUUUUGUUGUAUUACAACCUGUAAUUUAAAUGAAUUUUUAUUUGGAUUUCAUGUAAUGGACAUACACAAAAUAGUCAAAAUUGGUGAAGUGAAAAGAAAAAAGAACUUAUUUCAAAAAAUUCUAUAAAAUAAAUAACGGAAAAGUGCAUAUGUAUUCAUCCCCUUUGCUAUGAAGCAACUAAAUAAAAUCUGGUGCAACCAAUUACCUUCAGAAGUCACAUAAUUAGUUAGAUUGCACACAGGUGGACUUUAUUUAAGAGUCACGUGAUCUGUCACAUGCUGUCAGUAUAUAUACACCUGUUCUGAAAAGCCCCAGGGUCUGCAACACCACUAAUCAAGGGGCACCACCAAGCAAGCGGCACCAUGAAGACCAAGGAGCUCUCCAAACAGGUCAGGGACAAAGUUGAUCAGGAUUGGGUUAUAAAAAAAUAUCCGAAACUUUGAACAUCCCACAGAGCACCAUUUAAAUCCAUUAUUAAAAAAUGUAAAGAAUAUGGCACCACGACAAACCUGCCAAGAGAGAGCCGCCCACCAAAUCUUUAAUCAGAGAGGCAACAAAGACACCAAAUAUAAUAAUAAUAAUAUAAUAUGCCAUUUAGCAGACGCUUUUAUCCAAAGCGACUUACAUAUAACCCUGAAGGAGCUGCAAAGCUCCACAGCGGAGAUUGGAGUAUCUGUCCAUAGAACCACUUUAAGCCGUACACUCCACAGUGCUGGGCUUUACGGAAGAGUGGCCAGAAAAAAGCUGUUGCUUCAAGAAAAAAAUAAGCAAACACAUUUGGUGUUCGCCAAAAGGCAUGUGGGAGACUCCCCAAACAUAUGGAAGAAGGUACUCUGGUCAAAUGAGACUCAAAUUGAGCUUUUACGCCAUCAAGGAAAAUGUUUGGCGCAAACCCAACACCUCUCAUCACCCCGAGAACACCAUCCCCACAGUGAAGCAUGGUGGUGGCAGCAUCAUGCUGUGGGGAUGUUUUUCAUCGGCAGGGACUGGGAAACUGGUCAGAAUUGAAGGAAUGAUGGAUGGCGCUAAAUACAGGGAAAUUCUUCAGGGAAACCUGUUUCAGUCUUCCAGAGAUUUGAGAAUGGGACGGAGGUUCACCUUCCAGCAGGACAAUGACCCUAACAAUACUGCUAAAGCAACACUCGAGUGGUUUAAGGGGAACAUUUAAAUGUCUUGGAAUGGCCUAGUCAAAGCCCAGACCUCAAUCCAAUUGAGAAUCUGUGGUAUGACUUCAAGAUUGCUGUACACCAGCGGAACCUAUCCAACGAAGGAGCUGGAGCAGUUUUGCCUUGAAUAAUGGGCAAAACUCCCAUUGGCUAGAUGUGCCAAGCUUAUAGAGACAUACACCAAGAGACUUGCAACUGUAAUUGCUGCAAAAGGUGGCUCUACAAAGUAUUGACUUUGGGGGGGGGUGAAUAGUUAUGCACGCUCAAGUUGUCUGUUCUUUUGUCUUAUUUCUUGUUUGAAACUAUUCAAAGUCAUGCAUGUUGUGUAAAUCAAAUUAUACAAACCCCCAAAAGGCAACAAAAUAGGAUAAAUGCCAAGGGGGGUGAAUAGUUUCGCAAGCCACUGUAAAUACAGAAUUUCUGGUUUUUAUUUUUAAUACUUUUGUAAAAAUGUCUAAACCUGUUUUUGCUUUGUCAUUAUGGGGUAUUGUGUGUAGUAGAUUGCUGAGGAUUUUUAUUUAAUCCAUUUUAGAAUAUGGCUGUAACGUAACAAAAUGUGGAAAAAGUCAAGGGGUCUGAAUACUUUCCGAAGGCACUGUAUAUUUAAAUUUUUUUACAUUUUAGUUAUUUAGCAGACGCUCUUAUCUAGAGCGACUUAGUUAGUGAGUGCAUACAUUUUCAUAGGGGUUCUUCAAUUCCGGUCCUGGAGGGCCGAGACACCUCUGUUUUUCAUCCUCUCCUUCUAAUCAGGGGCUAAUUCAGACCUGGGACACCAGGUGAGUGCAAUUAACUACCAGGUAGAAAUAAAAAACAGAAGUGUUUCGGCCCUCCAGGACCGGAAUUGAAGAACCCUGCUGUAUAUCAACAUGCAACGUUUGGUCACUGAAACCCUUCGUCUCAACUUUCAACUCCUCUUUCUCCCUCUUCACUCAUUCCUCCCUUUCUUUCUCCCCAUGUCCUUCUCCUCAUCCAGGUGGGAGAUAGGUGUUAUGAGGAGGGGAUGUAUGAUGCUGCCAAGCUGCUGUAUAAUAAUGUGUCCAACUUUGCCCGCCUGGCGUCCACGCUGGUACACCUAGGAGAGUACCAGGCUGCUGUGGACAGUGCCAGGAAAGCCAACAGCACACGCACCUGGAAGGAGGUACACCUUAACAUUUCUACACACAUUUGGCUGUAUGUGUAAGUGAUAGAUGGAAGCUCCAUUUGUUGGGCUGUGUAUCGUGACUGAGCUCUCUCUCCAGGUGUGUUUUGCGUGUGUGGAUGGGGAGGAAUUUCGGUUGGCUCAGAUCUGUGGUCUUCACAUUGUCAUCCACGCUGAUGAACUGGAGGAGCUCAUUAGUGACUAUCAGGUAAAUACCCUGUAUCAUUCACCUGAUGAUGCGUCCAUAGUUUACUGUCAGGUAAAUACCCUGUAUCAUUCACCUGAUGAUGCCCUCCAUAGUUUACUGUCAGGUAAAGGGAAUGUUUUCAGAUAUUUUAGGUGUCUGUACAGUAUCUAUGUGUUGUGGUUAACUCAUGUUUGUGUCUGUGUAUCAGAACCGGGGCUACUAUGAGGAGCUGAUAGCCCUGUUGGAGGCAGCGUUGGGUUUGGAGCGCGCUCACAUGGGCAUGUUCACAGAGCUGGCCAUCCUCUACUCCAAAUUCAAACCCCAGAAGAUGAGAGAACACCUUGAACUCUUCUGGUCCCGUGUCAACAUCCCUAAGGUGUGAUGCAUGUGUAUGUGUGUGUCUGAAAAUAUUUAUUGUAAGUAAAUAUUUCUGUCUCCCAUAUCGGUCAUGUCUGUGACCUCACUUUCUGUGGUUGUCCAAUCAGGUGCUGCGAGCAGCGGAGCAGUCUCACUUGUGGGCAGAGCUAGUGUUUCUGUAUGAUAAAUACGAGGAGUAUGACAACGCUGUCCUCACGAUGAUGUCACAUCCUACUGACGCAUGGAAGGAGGUGCAGUUCAAGGACAUCAUUGCCAAGGUAACAUGACCUCCUGAGACCUCGCUCACAAAACAGUUAAGAACCUCGCUAAAGGUAUACUAACCACAACUGUAGCCAAUCGCUCUCAUUUUCUAAUUAUUUCACCUCUCUCCACAAGGAACUUCAUUGUGUUGUAUGAUUAUUUCUAGGUGGCCAAUGUGGAGCUGUACUACAAAUCCCUUUCCUUUUACCUGGACUACAAACCUCUGCUGACGAACGACCUUCUGACCAUACUGUCACCACGGUUAGACCAUAGCCGCGCGGUCACAUACUUCACCAAGGUAAUCAAUCAACAUUUUUAUAUUUUUAUUUUACCUUUAUUUAACUAGGCAAGUCAGUUAAGAACAAAUUCUUAUUUACAAUGACGGCCUACACCGGCCAAACCCAGACGACGCUGGGCCAAUUGUGCGCCGCCCUAUGGGACUCCAAAUCACGGCCGGUUGUGAUACAGCCUGGAAUCGAACCAGGGGGUCUGUAGUGACGUCUCAAGCACUGAGAUGCAGUGCCUUAGACCGCUGCGUCAGUCAUUAAACCAGGAAUUGAAUGUAAAUUAAGAAUUAAAAAACUUGAUCACACAAUAAAACACUGCAAAGUUAGCAGCAACACAAGACCAAAUAAUGUGACGUGUUUUUCCAGAUGAACCAGUUGAAGUUGGUAAAGCCUUACCUGAGGUCAGUUCAGAGUCACAACAACAAGGGAGUCAACGAGGCCCUUAAUAACCUACUGACAGACGAGGAGGACUACCAGGUGAGUGAGUAGUGUGCGUGUUGUUGCCUGACUUUUCUGUCAGUGUUCUCCAUAGACUCUGAGCCUGACUUGUCUGCCUGUGUUGUCUAUAGGGUCUGAGGGCGUCUAUCGAUGCGUAUGAUAACUUUGACACCUUUGGUCUGGCCCAGAGACUGGAGAAGCAUGAGCUGAUUGAGUUCAGACGCAUAGCAGCAUACCUCUACAAAGGUAACAACCGUUGGAGACAGAGUGUGGAACUCUGCAAGAAGGACAAAUUAUACAAGGUAAAUAUUUUAUUUUAGAUACUAGCUGUUCCUGCCAAACCAGCGCCUGGAUGCAGACGCAAUGCUGUGCACAGGGUUUUCAUCUUUUUGGGCAGAUUUUUUGUUGUUGUUGGACCCUUUCACAUUUCAAUCUACUCUGACUAUAGCCUGGUGGGGGCACUGUUUCGCUUUGUAGGAGGGAAAUACUAGUGAAUAUAUUUGGCCAACUGCAACCUGUUGAAAUAAGUGUCUUUCUUCAGUUUUCUCCUCAGUAGCUUUUCAGCUUUGUAAUAGUAUGUAACCCUGGUGCAACAUCUAUGAGAAUCAAAAUGUUCUCUCAUCAAUCAAUCAUUCAAUCAAUAAAUCCAUCCAUCCAUCCAUACCUUCCCCUGUCAGCCUGUCUCCGGAUGGGAUACUGUAUGCUGCAGAGACCCUGCUGCAGUCUCAAAUCAAUCAAUCUAUUAAUCAAUCCCAAAUCAAUCAUUCAAUAAAGUCCCCUCUUCCUGUGUGUUUGUCAGGAUGCGAUGCUGUAUGCUUCCGAGUCAAAGGAUGCAGAGUUGGCUGAGACCCUGCUGCAGUGGUUCCUGGAGGAGGGCAGGAAGGAAUGUUUCACUGCCUGUCUGUUUGCCUCCUAUGAUCUGCUGCACCCUGACGUGGUGCUGGAGCUGGCCUGGAGACACAACAUCAUGGACUUUGCCAUGCCAUACUUCAUCCAGGUCAUGAGGGAGUACCUCACCAAGGUCAGUCCUGCUGCAAACACAGCGAGGACAAUCUAUGUCUUAAAUGACACCCUAUUCCCUAUAUAGUACACUGCUUUGAACAGAACCCUAUGAGCUCUGGUCAAAAGUAGUGCACUAUAUAGAGAAUAGGGUGCCAUUUGGGACGUACAUCACAUUUUUAUUUCAGUGGGUGAAAAUGUUGUAUAAUAUUAGAUAAAUAAUGGAUCUCUUCUUGCUAACUUGACUGUUUUAUUUUUUCCCAGAUUAUUGAUUUCUCUUCCUGUAAGAGACAGACAGUUGUCCUUGAUGUUCUCUCUGUAGGUAUUGAAAAAGCAGACAGGGUUUAGAGAUGAAGCAAUACUUUUGGCAAUACAAAUGAAGAGGAAAGUUUACUUAAAGAUGUGAUAACGCUGCUAGAGAAAGCUUUCACUCUGUUUCUUUUCAAAGGCUAAAUGAUUCUGUACAAAUAUACAACUUGAUUAUUUUGUGUUUCUUCACUAAGUUAAAAACAUGAGCCGCUCCUUAAGUGGGGAACCCUAGCAUUCCUCUAGAGUUAAAGUAAUCUCUAAUGACACCACUUCCUGUAACCUUUGACCCCAAGCCAUGUGAGGUCACCACUGUGGGUUCUCUUCCAGGUUGAUGAGGUUGCAGAGAAGGUGACGGUCUCUGGCUCUUUAUUUCUCUCCUUUUUAUUCUUGUCUGUUUUCUGUUGUAACAUAGACCCUAGGUUUCUGAUGUAGGAACCUAGCAUGGACUUGUACUGUAGACUGAGAAUGCUUAAUGGAGGGAGUGCUGGCCAGCCCUGGUCCUAGAGAAUGUCACAGGGGGUGCAGGGUUAUGUUCCAGGCCAGCACCAACACAGCUGAUUCAGCAAAUUGUGUUUCUAGAUUGAAGGCUGAAUCAGGCGUGUAAGUGCAGGGCUGAAACAAAAGCCUGCACACACUGAGAACCUCUAGGCAUCAAGCACAUAGAAACCAUGUGUUUGAUACCAUUCCACGUAUACCACUCCAGCCAUUACCACGAGCCGUCCUCCCCAAUUAAAGGUGCCGCCAACCUCCUGUGCUCUAGGACCAGGGUUGGCCACCCCCGGGUCUCUCCUCUAACUGCUAAUCCCUGACUGCUUGCUCCUGGUUAACAGUAACACAUGAUAGAAGUCCUAGUUAACAGUAACACAUGAUAGAACAGUGUGAUAGAACAGUAACACAUGAUAGAAGGUGCCAGAGGUGGGACCAAGUCACUAUUAUUUGAGUCACAAGUAGAACAGGUCAAGACUCGAGUCAAGUCCAAGUCAUGCAUUCUAAAAGCGAGUCGAGUCACAAGUUGUCAAGUAAAAAAUAUAUAUACAGUGGGCUCAAAUUACUGGCACCCCUGACUGGCAAUGCACAAACAAUACUUUUAAAAAUAUAAACAGUAUAAUUAUAGAGAGAAAUACCAGCAUGUGAGAAAUACUGUACUUUAUUAAUGUUUCAAUGGAACCAACCAAAAUCAUACAAUUAUUUAAUAGAAAAUAAAUGUCACCAAAACCAAGGUUUCAUAAUUAUUGUCACUCCUCAUUUAGUACUUAGUGCAACCACCUCUGGCAAGGAUAACAGCAUGGAGUCUUUUCCUGUAAUGUUUGACAAGUUUUUAAGGAACACAUUUGGAGGGAUUUUGGACCAUUCCUCUAUGCAGAUCCUUUCAAGAUCCUUCACAUUCUUGGGUUUGCGCUUAUCAACUGCCCUCUUCAACUCAGCCCACAGAUUUGAUUGGAUUGAUGUCCGGCGACUGAGAUGGCCAUGGCAGAACAUUGAUUUUGUUGUCACAGAACAAUUUCUGUGUGGAUCAUGAGGUAUGUUUUGGGUCAUUGUCUUGUUGGAAAGUCCACCUACGGCCAAGUCCCAGCCUUCUGGCAGAGAACCAGAUUGUCAGCCAAAAUUGCCUGAUACUUGGUGGAAUUCAUUAUGCAAUCAAUCUUAGCCAGUGCCCCUGGACCUCUGGAAUUAAAACAGCCCCAAAUCAUCACUGACCCACCACCAUAUUUCACCGUGGGCAUGAGGUGCCUCUCCUUGUAUGCAUCUCUGUUUCGACGCCAAACAUGCCGAUGAUGUAUCUGACCAAAACGUUCAAUUUUGGUCUCAUCUGACCAGAGCAUCUUCUUCUAGUCAUAAUUUAAAUGACGUUUGGCAAACUCCAAGCGCUUGCGUCUGUGUCUUGGGGUCAGAAAGGGCUUUCUUCUGGCAACCCAUCCAAAGAGCCUGUGGUUGUGGAGGUGGCAUCUGAUGGUGCUUUUUGAAACCUGGUGACCCCAAGACGCCACCAAGGCCUGCAAUUCUUUCACAGUGAUUCUUGGGGAUUUUGUUGCUUCUUUCACCAUCCUCCUCCCUAUCCUGGGGGGCAAAAUGCAUUUGCGUCCUCUACCCGUGAGGUUUUCAACUGUUCCAUAUCUUUAAAAAAUAUAUAUAAUUGCCCUAAGAGGUAUAUUCAAUCGUUUGUGGAUCUUCUUGUAGCCAUUACCAGAUUUAUGAAGGUCUACGACCAUCUGUCUCUUUUGAACUGCCAGUUCUUUUGUUUUCUUCAUGGUGUUGGAUGACAAAGGGAUAUUGUAUGCGUGUUACUUCAUUUCUAUACCCUAGUGAAACAGGAAGUGAUGUAAUGGCUUAAUAUAGUUCCUUAAGACUUAGAUAAACUGAAAUAAGUGGAAUUGAAUUCCUAGUUUAAUUUUGGUAGAUGUUAUUUACAAUAAUCUUUAAGGGUGCCAUUAAUUGUGAAAUCUUGAUUUGGAGGACAUUGAUUUUUAAUUAAAUCAAUAAAUGAUUUUGGUGGGUUCCAUUGGAACAUUAAUAUAGUACAGUAUUUCUCACAUGUUGGUAUUUUCAGAUUAUCUCUAUAAUGAUAUUGUUUAUAUUUUUUAAAGUAUUGUUUGUGCAUUGCCAGACAGGGGUGCCAGUAAUUUUGGAGCCCGCUGUAUACAUGCAAUGACUUGUUCAACUACAAAUCUUUUGUCUAAUUUAUUGAGGAACCAGACAGCCCUUUUCAUUAUUUUGUCUACAACACAUUUUGAUUAGCCUAUGUAAUUGUAAAUUAGGGACCUUGUAGCAGUCGUAAGGGCAUUAAAUCAGCCGAAGGCAGGUUGACAUGCUCAGUGUAGAUUUAUUUACAGGUCUUGGCGAUCCAAUCAUGAAAGUGCCAUAUCAUACAAAAUAUACAAGUAGAUUUACCAAAUAUACACAGGCAAUAGCCCAAAAGAAAUAGCCUCAGGACAGGUUAAGCCUGAUACAAUCUGAACGGACACAGGUACAGGGCAAGACUGUACAGCCUCCCCUUAAGAAACCAAAGCUCAAACAGGUAGGCCUGCAUAAAUAAUAUAAGCACUUGGCCCCCAGGACCAUACAAUUACCCAGUUGGCAAUUACAACCAAUCAACUGGUUCUACAAUGUAAAAGGCAAUUUCCACAUCCAUUGGUACAUUCCGUUUAAUCAGACUUAAUGAUUAUUAAUGAUAUUUCAACACCAUGCAUACAGUGAGGGAAAAAAGUAUUUGAUCCCCUGCUGAUUUUGUACGUUUGCCCAGUGACAAAGACAUGAUCAGUCUAUCAUUUUAAUGGUAGGUUUAUUUGAACAGUGAGAGACAGAAUAACAACAAAAAAAUCCAGAAAAACGCAUGUCAAAAAUUUUGUAAAUUGAUUAGCAUUUUAAUGAGGGAAAUAAGUAUUUGACCCCUCUGCAAAACAUGACUUAGUACUUGGUGGCAAAUCCCUUGUUGGCAAUCACAGAGGUCAGACAUUUCUUGUAGUUGGCCACCAGGUUUGCACACAUCUCAGGAGGGAUUUUGUUCCACUCCUCUUUGCAGAUCUUCUCCAAGUCAUUAAGGUUUCGAGGCUGACGUUUGGCGACUCGAACCUUCAGCUCCCUCCACAGAUUUUCUAUGGGAUUAAGGUCUGGAGACUGGCUAGGCCACUCCAGGACCUUAAUGUGCUUCUUCUUGAGUCACUCCUUUGUUGCCUUGGCUGUGUGUUUUGGGUCAUUGUCAUGCUGGAAUACCCAUCCACGACCCAUUUUCAAUGCCCUGGCUGAGGGAAGGAGGUUCUCACCAGCCAGCAUGGCCCCGUCCAUCGUCCCUUUGAUGCGGUGAAGUUGUCCUGUUCCCUUAGCAUAAAAACACCCCCAAAGCAUAAUGUUUCCACCUCCAUGUUUGACGGUGGGGAUGGUGUUCUUGAGGUCAUAGGCAGCAUUCCUCCUCCUCCAAACACGGCAAGUUGAGUCGAUGCCAAAGACCUCGAUUUCGGUCUCAUCUGACCACAACACUUUCACCCAGUUCUCCUCUGAAUCAUUCAGAUGUUCAUUGGCAAACUUCAGAAGGCCCUGUAUAUAUGCUUUCUUGAGCAGGGGGACCUUGCGGGCGCUGCAGGAUUUCAGUCCUUCACGGCGUAGUGUGUUACCAAUUGUUUUCUUGGUGACUAUGGUCCCAGCUGCCUUGAGAUCAUUGAAAAGAUCCUCCCGUGUAGUUCUGGGCUGAUUCCUCACCGUUCUCAUGAUCAUUGCAACUCCACGAGGUGAGAUCUUCAAUGGAGCCCCAGGCCGAGGGAGAUUGACAGUUCUUUUGUGUUUCUUCCAUUUGCGAAUAAUCGCACCAACUGUUGUCACCUUCUCACCAAGCUGCUUGGCGGUGGUCUUGUAGCCCAUUCCAGCCUUGUGUAGGUCUACAAUCUUGUCCCUGACAUCCUUGGAGAGCUCUUUGGUCUUGGUCAUGGUGGAGAGUUUGGAAUCUGAUUGAUUGAUUGCUUCUGUGGACAGGUGUCUUUUAUACAGGUAACACGCUGAGAUUAGGAGCACUCCCUUUAAGAGUGUGCUCCUAAUCUCAGCUCGUCACCUGUAUAAAAGACACCUGGGAGCCAGAAAUCUUUCUGAUUGAGAGGGGGUCAAAUACUUAUUUCCCUCAUUAAAAUGCUAAUCAAUUUAUAAAAUUUUUGACAUGCGUUUUUCUGGAUUUUUUUGUUGUUAUUCUGUCUCUCACUGUUCAAAUAAACCUACCAUUAAAAUGAUAGACUGAUCAUGUCUUUGUCACUGGGCAAACGUACAAAAUCAGCAGGGGAUCAAAUACUUUUUUCCCUCACUGUACAUGGAACAAUAAUUAUCUUAUUCAACGUUCUGACUCCAAAGCAUGGAGCGCAGGCUACGUAGCCUAUUUCUAUGGGCACUGAGGCGUGCACGCUCCUAUUACGCACAACCAGAAUGACAGAGACUAAUGGUGCUUUCAAGACAACUGGAAACUCUUGAGGUCAAAUCAUGACGUCAGUGAUCUCCAGGUCGGAAAGUCGGAGCUCUAGAAAGAGGCCCGAAUUCCCGAUUUUGGAAUUCCGAGAUGGAUGACCGUUCAGUCGGAGCUAGUUUUUUUCGAUUUCCCAGUUGUCUUGAAUGCACUGAAGUCGGAGAUUUCAGAGUUCCCAAUUGUUUUGAACACGGCAAUAGGAAACAGACACACAGAACUCGGGAAAUAUGAACAAAGGAAACCAUACAUUUGAAUUAAAUAAACAGAACUUGUACCUCAUGAGUCUUGUGAACGUUCAUGUGUACAAUAAACAUCACGCCACUCAGAGAGUAAGAAAUGGUUGGCUAAAUGAAAAUGUAUCGUAGGCCUAUCAAACAUGAAACAGAAAUGUCUACGUGUUACAAUAAACUGUACGGGGAUGGAAUGAUGAAACGCUAGCAAUUCUUGUAGUAUUAGAUGGAAUCUAGAUUUACCACAUAGGGCCUAUGCAUUUAAAUGUGUGAAAGCAACAGCAAAUAUUUCAACGAGGAAAAAAAGCACUCCACUGGCGAGAGUUUGGAGAGCGGAAGUGAAGACCGCACCUAUGGUGUGUCUUCGCAACUAAUAAUUCUGUUUAAGAACAAAUUCCAAAUGCAAGCUUCAUAAGUAAAUGAUCAAUUUCAAGCAAUUGGUACAUACCAAAAGACCAGUAGGCAUAUGCUAGUAAUUGUUGCCCCAUUGCUGGUGAGCUUGCAAAGUAAACAGUUCAGAUUCUUGAUCACCAAACUAUUUUUGGAGCUGCAUAUUUAUUUAAUAUGGCAAUCCUCUCUCCCCACAGUUUGAUGUUUGCGCUGCACCCGAUCCUAUAGCUGUACAGCAAAUCAGCAAUCUGCUUACUAGCUCCAAACAGAGUGCCGAGUGUGCGUUUCAGUGGCCAAUCUGUUGCAGGUUUUUUUGCAAGGGCGAUGUCUCUGGCUUUGUGUAAAAUAAUCCACGUAGACUCUGUUCCACAAAAUGAGUGACAGACAUUACAAAACCUGGCCAGAUAAAUUCAAGUCAAAGUCGAGUCUUGAGUCAAGUCUCAAGUUAUUUUUUAUUUUCUAUCAAGUCGAGUCUCAGGUCAUCAACUUUGUGACUCGAGUCAGACUCGAGUCCAAGUCAUGUGACUCCAGUCCACAACUCUGGAAGGUGCUGUGCUAUAAUCCUCAACAUCAGUAGUCAGUUAGCCUAAGUGUCAAUCUGUUUGUUCUAUCAUGCCAACUCCUUGUCACAUAUUGGGCCGACAAUGACAACAAUGGAGUUGGCAAGAGCACUAAUGGAUCUGGGACCAGGCUAGUAGUCAGCAGCCCCAGGACUGCAGUGUCUGCUGGUUUCCUCUGUACUCACCUGGUUAGAUGGGCAGCAGAUGAAGAGCAGCAGACACAGUGGCCCUAAUGGCAAAUGCCCAGUGUUCUUUUAUUUUCAACCUAGACUUUGGAAUGGUCAACAGUGCCCUGCCAGAGGAUCUCAGGCUGUGUCCUGGCUCGUAGGGAGAUAACUUAUCUGAGAUAUAGGAUGUGGCUAAACCAAGCCUUAAACAUGAUUAAUACAAUUUGAAAAUCUAUUCUAAAAGUGACUGAAAGCCAGUGUAGAGAAGCUAAAAUAGGUGUGAUAUGGUUACAUUUCCUGGUGUCUGCUAAAAGCCGAGCUGCAGCAUUUUGAACUAACUCUAGACGAUGGAGUGAUUUCUGACUAAGACAUAUACAAAGAGUAUUACAUUAUGUAAAUUAAACAUUUCUGUUUGAAUCCUUGCUUGAUUUAUGUUUUAUUUAGCCUUUAUUUGACACUGUGCUGCUCACACUUCUGAAGCAUUGCUUGGGAAGAUCGCUACACAUUUACUUUAGCAAAAUGACCACAAGCUAGCUUUGGAUAAGAUGGCAGUUAAAUGUACAACUUGCACUUACAGUUAAAAAAAGAUGCAUGCUCUUAACCAAGCAGAAUACCUUGGAUAAACAGCUCUAGGUGUUUGCUAGGCAAGGAGGAGUGCCCUGUAGUAGAAGCAUGCUAAGUUAGGAUUUAGGUUUGUCUGUUUUGCUCCUGGACGGAGAUGUGUUUGCGUUUUCUAAGAUUGGAUAAAAGUGGACUGUCAGCAUCUUGGCAUGGACCGAGCUUCUCCUCAACAGAAGACACAAUGAAAUGCUAAUAAGAACUAAACUUACAGGAGUCCUGCUGCUUUUAGAGUAGUUUAAAGACGCUUCCUCACCUGUAAGGAAAGCUGUAGUGAAGUUUCUCACCAAUUCCUCAUGGCAUUUUCUCUAAGGCAUCCUCACUGUAGAGAUUGAUACUAGUCUAUAAAGUGUAGUGUUAUCUUCAUGACAAAAGUAAUAUUUUUCAUAAUUUCUGUCUGUAGAACAUUAAGAUGUUUUUUAAUGUAUUUUUUUGACAUUUUUAUUCUAGUGAGCCCACCCAUUAGAUGACUGACUGGCUCCUCUCUCUGACCCCUGUCUUACCCUCUGUUCUCAGGUGGACAAAUUGGAGGAGUCAGAAAGCCAAAGGAAGACUGAGGAAAAAGUCACAGAACCCACCCCCAUAGUGUUUGGUAGGUUCGGUAGUGCACUCUAUGAUGCUUUUAAAAUCCCAAACUAGCUCCAGUCCUUCUGUGCUGGUUUCUUCUAGCCUGUUAAAGGCUUGGUUGAGCUUUAGAGGAAUCAGUUGGGGUGGGGAAUGAGUAAGGGAAUCUGAAUGUAACGCUAGAAAGCUAGCUGUUUAUUAUUGAUGAAAUGUAGACAAUCCUGUAUAACCGUGUGUGUGCAUGAAUGUGUGUACAUGCAGGUCAGCAGCUGAUGUUGACAGCAGGUUCUGCUCCAGUGGCUCCCCAGCCAGGAUAUCCAGGAGGCUAUGGAUACGCUGCACCAGGCUACCCCACCCAGCCCCCCUACGGCUACAACAUGUAGACCACCUCUACCCCACCUAGCCCCCUUAUGGCUUCACCAUGGGUCCAUGCGUCUCAAAUGGCACCCAUUCCCUGUUUUGUGCACUACUUUUGACCAGGGCCCGUAGGGUUCCGGUGAGAAGUAGUGCACUAUAUAGGCUAUAGGGUGUCAUUUGGGUUGCAGAUCAUGUAGAGCAUAAGUUCCCAAUAACCCCACAUCCCACCUGGAGCGCCUAACACCCCUCUUACCCAACCUCAGCCCCAACCUGAAUCACACUUACCCUACACUGGGAUCAAAUACAUUAUACAGAUGCAGCUUGCUUAUGGAUUAAAAAUGUAUUCCCUGCCUUGAAACCCCUGAUACACAAUCUCACUACUCUGAGACACAUAGUCCACCUCUGGAAACUCCAAACCCCAACCAACCCCCCUCCCGCCCACCACCACCACAAGCAACUCUCUCAACCGAAAAGACUUCCACUUUGCUCCCUCCUCCUCUCACUCCCACCUCCUCUUGCUCCCCCUCCGUCUCCAAUGGACUAGAGCAAGGCUAACUGACCCCACUACUUAGGCUGACCAGCCCCCCCAUUCACCACCGCACAGCAUGGCGACAGCUCUUAGCUCCUAGAGAAAAUAACGAACAGAUAAAAGCUAACGUACAGUACACCACUCUGUCCAGGUAUAUUAUAUUACUGUUCCAUAGACUGUAUCAACCAUAGAGCAGCUUUUAAAAAAAGAGAUGAUAAUAGAGUGCUGGUAGUGAAGAGACUUUGUUACUGAGGAGAGAGAGGGAGUGGGUGAGGGGGGCGCAGCCCCGAAUGCCCCCUCCCUACCCUACCCUCCCUUAAGCAUGGCUAAGCCUUGUACAGGAUGUGUCAACUUUGAGUCAUUGUUCACGUUUGUUUCACGACUGUCUCAUACGUUUGUUUCACGACUGUCUCGUACGUUUGUUUCACGACUGUCUCGUACGUUUGUUUCACGACUGUCUCGUACGUUUGUUUCACGACUGUCUCGUACGUUUGUUUCAUUACGGUCUCAUAUGUUUGCUUCAAGACUUUCUGUUCAAUCGUUUUUGUUUGCCCAUCUGAACAGGUACUAUGUGUUGAAGAUGCAACACUAUACAGUACUAUGGACUAGGAAUACUAGUUAUUGGGUGUACUUACUGUGUGUAGUUUAUCAAGCAUGUAGGGAUCUGUUGACAACACUAAGACUGGGAAGGUUUGCAUUGUUUCUCCUCUCCCCUGCGGUUUUGCUAGCUGAUAAUAACCAGGUCAACAUGGACGUUUGGGUCUCUCCACUUUACACUGAUGUAUGGUACAUGAUCCCACAGCUCUGGAGUUGAUGAUGAUGUGAAACAUAACUGCUAUAUGCUGAUGUCUGUGCAUGUGCUGCCAAACAUAUAAUACUGUAACAAUGCAACCAGGAGCACAAUUGUCAUGUUACACAUACAACAAGUAUUACCUAUGUUGUGUUCAAAGCUAAACAAAUGUAUUUUGAAGCCUUUACUGUCCCACCACUGACAUCAACUAACAGAAUGGUGAAGAAACUCUAAUAUUACACAGAUGAGAAUAAAAACAUACUAGGGGAAUAUAACUCCUAUAUAUCCCCGUGCCAGUGGUCCAGAGUUAUCAUUUAAUGUACUGAAAAAACUGUAUAAUUUAAGAUAUGUUCCAAUAUUAUGGAAUACCAUACAGUAUGUAUUGUCUAUAGUGUAUUGUUGUAGUUAGUCUUAAGCAUAAAUGUGAUACUUUAAAAAAAGAAAAUGACAAUAUACAAAAAGAGCGGAAUACAAACAUUAAACUCUUCAGCACGAUUGCUUGCAGCAGCCAUCAUUCUGGGGUUUGGUUUCUUCUUGUUCAAGUAGCACAUGUCUGAUGAGAAUGUUCUGGAAAACUACCGCCAGGGUUUAUGGGUAAAUCUGGCCUCAUGCAUCUGGAGCUGUGCCACGACAUUGUACAAAUGUUGGAUUGGGGUUUCGUAGAAAACACUGAAAUCUGAGCUGGGUACACACAUUACCCUGUCUGUACAAGUCAUGCUUUCUGAAGGAUAAUAAAGUUUACACUCACAUUAUCUGGUUGUGAUCAUUUCACAAUAUUCCUAGUAGUAACCCCAGAAGGAACCUGGAAGUCUGUGGUAAUACUAUCAACUCUGGGUUUUACUAAGAACCUUUGGUCGUAAGGCCUACAUAACACUGGUACAGACAGUCACAAUGGUUCAUCUCAGCUUAUGACACUGUCCCGGCUGUUCAUGAAGUGUUAUGUCAUUGAUAUGUUAUGUGGCCGGUAUGAUGAAGAGUUCAAGUAAAGUGUAUGGAGUAAGUUGACAAUGCAAUCUGACUUACUGACUUGGGGAGCAUAGGUAAUUCACAAACUUCCACGAUCAGGUUUGGUGUUGAGAGGUUUUCUCCAAUUCAAGGAUGUUCUUGCUUCUUUUAGUUCUGACAAUGCAAUCGAUACUAUACAAUCUACUGUAUAUCUCCAGAACAUACCUGUUUCUGUUCUAUCCAACUGGUCUUUGUCUUGCCUGACGCUGCAGAAAUCCUCUGGCAGCCUAGCUACUCCUAUGACAUGACAAGUCAGGGGAGUUUGUAAAAGCACGUAGAGGUCUGUAACCAGGCCAGACUACUCAAUGGAAAGCCUUCACUCGCUACUAGCACUGUUCCGGGACCAGUCCUGAGGGUCUGUCUGAUGAAGGUCUCUGACUGAUACAUCAGGCUGUUUUUAACUUUGGAUUUACAAUAAAUAGUGGAGAAAGGGUGGAGAGAGUGUUGUGAUUUGUGCCUCAACUUCUGAUGCCACAGUCCUGAGGAUCACCAGUUGAAGCUGAGGAGCAAAACUGUCCCAGGAUCAGUGGAGUUGAAAUGUACUGCUGCACUUCAUCCUCAUCCUGGGAACCCCUACAGAUGGAGAACGGCCUUUUUGUACACCUGCCCUUAUAG